AUGACCGGAAGCCUUGUCGCCCGCAAACGGAACAUCCAAUGUAAAACCAAGGUGAAAACUGGUUGUGCAACCUGCAGAAUAAGAAAGGUCAAAUGCGACGAGAACAAGCCAUUUUGUCAAAAAUGUGUCGACACUGGUCGUACUUGCGACGGCUACGAGUCUCCCUUUAGGUCUCUUACCGGUCGAUCCAUUAAUAACGCUCAUGCUGGCAGCAUCAAGUCAGGCGCUGGUUUACAACCCAUCCGGCCCAACUUGACUGAGAUCGCCCCUCAGGACAUCGACCUCCUCAAUCGUUACUUCUCAACCAAGACCAUGUUCGACGUGAAGCUAGGCUGUGAUGAAGAAGCCAGGCAAAUCCUCCAGGCCAGCUUGACUGAUCCGCCGAUACGACACGCAGUCUCGUCUCUCAGAGCUCUUCGGGAACAUCUCGAGACGUCUGGCGACGUUGCAGCGUCUUUCGCGCAGGAGACCCCAAGUUAUGGCUAUGAAUUUGGCCUCCAGAAAUACUGUAUGGCUUUAGGGGGUCUCGCGGCCAAUCUGUCGUCUCCGGGCUUCAACGGGUUGAAGUCGGCAUUACUUUGCUGUCAGAUCUUCAUCAGCAUUGAGCAAGUGCGGGGGAAUUACGCUGCCAUGGCCCAGCACAUGAUUCAAGGACUCAGCAUCAUGCACGAGUAUUGGGCAAGGUCACAUUUUGUUGCUGCAAAUAAAUUGGUAUCAGCACACCAUGACCAGCUACCCUUGCUAGAUGUUUUCAUCAUCAAGCUAUUCGCUGCACCGUGCAAGUUCGCGGACCCUCCAGCGACAGCCGAUAUAAGCGGGACGACGGUGGCCGUGUGUGUGAUGUCGCCACAUCAACAGACUGUUGAAUCUCGCCGUCUUCGCACAAUUGCACCCGACAUGCGGACAGAGCUUACAAGGAUCGCUGCAACGACGCUUGAAUUUCUCGGCAAAGUGUCGCAUGUCGAAUCAGCAGGAAACGCUCUUCAACUACUAUCCGAGAAGGCAUCUCUGCUGGACUCGUUAGAAUCGUGGCUCGUUGAUCUUGAACUCGUUCUUACGGACAUCAGAGCUCCCGAGCCUAUUUCAGUGUCCUUCCUGCGCUUCUUCCAUCAGAUCCUGAAAAUCAUUCUCUUGGGGGCAUUAGACUCCUCACCAGAUCUGUAUGCCGAGCUGCGGACCGAGAUCGACCGAUUGAAGGGCGUAGCUAGCAAUAUAGAUGAAAGAGUAAAGGCUUAUAGAACAUGGAGUGGGACUAGCAGUGGUCGAGGGGAGCCAUCUAAAGUACGCUGA